AUGGGUUCCUCAGCGACAGACACGCAUACGCGACCUUCGCAAUAUGAGACGAUAUACGAUAAUAGCACCGCAAUGACAGCGUAUGACCCGAUCCAUGUCCGAACGACCGACCAGCUCCUCCAGAGCCCGCUUGCGCAAUCGAUUCUAGUGCAGGAUAAUGGCAGCCGUGAUCCUUCCCCAGAACUAGAGGCAGUUAUUAAAGGCGAAAAAUGCUUUACCGACCUCAUCGCAGAACGAGUACGCAAAGCUGUGCAAGAUCAAGGCGACCAGAGCAAGAAGCGCGUCUUGCUAUCGCAGCUCUUACAUACGGGUAUCGCAGCGCUGUUUCAUUUUCUUCAAUCAAAUGUAACGGGUCCGCCGCUGGAGUUUGAUGUGGCGACGGUCGUAUUGGGAGAGAAGAUUUCGAACGACAAGUCGGUUUUGGAUACAAUCCGGACAAAGACCCUGAGGGAUUUGUCUGUGGAUGGAGAAGCAGUGUACCCGCUCACGCCAAAUAUUGAGCUUUUCUGUGCUGCCAAAGCCAUUCUGGUCGACUCCGGGGUGCUGGGGAAUGCCGAAUCACCUCUCGUAGCCACGACGGCCAGGUUGCGAGUGAACUUCUUGCAUCAAAAGAUGCUGUCUGAAGUCACGGGGACAUUACAAAAAGCAAUCUACGAUGACCUUGAGCUUCUUUCUCCCCGUGUGCUAGGUGGAGAAUCUAAUUCAUCAGGGGCAGAGAAAGCAGCAUUUCUGCUUGAAAGAGCCGCAGUACACACACACCAUGGAUUCGACAGUAAGGCUAGAUCGGAUCUAGAACAGGCUGCCGUUGCGAAUGGAUUCGAGUUUGCAUUGACUGGAAAACUUGGAAAGCGAACCAAAUUCCAAAACCGUGACAUCACCCAGCUCGUCGUCCUGGCGAAGAGCGCAACAGAUACCACGCCUGCGGACUCGGAGGAAUCGCGAAAAGAAGAAUCAUCUGGAGACCUCAAACCCAAAGCACUUGACCUCAACGACGACACUCUACUAGAAACGAUUUCUUUCGCAAAAGAUGGAGGCAGCAAACCGGAGAAAAUCACUACCGUCCAAGAUGAAUCUUCUCUGCCUGCAAGUCUUGCGUCGGUUGACCCCUCGGAUCAACCAAAAUUAAAUCCUCUCGACUCCGCCAUUUUGCUUGCAAUUGCUUCAGCGAUUACCAAUAACUCGCCAGACCACGGAUUAACCCGUGAAGAGACUCUUCCGUAUGCCAUUCGCGUCAUUGAGGGCGGCAGUUCCAACUGGCAAAUAUAUACCCAGGCAUUACUCGUCCGGAGUCGGUGCGAGGCCUUCAAAUCACGAACGGUGGAGAGGGGUGUUUUACAAAUGCAAGCGCUGGUAGAUCAAGUCAUUGCCGAUACAGCAACUAGAGAUUCAGCCGUGGCACGCACCAGCACCGUCACGAACCAGCACCAAGAUCAACCAGCCACCUUCUUGCCGCGACCCCAGGAGUCAGAAUCUGCACCAGCCGAGGAACGCCUGGAGUAUAUUUGGACACUGGAUUUCCAGACAAGAUGGAACCUGGAAGCGGAGCUCGCAAAGCGCUGGGUGGGUCUUGGUGGACUGAGAACCGCUCUCGACAUUUAUGAGAGGCUUGAACUGUGGGCAGAGGUUGCGCUGUGUUAUGCGGCCACACAACGAGAAGAGAAGGCAAAGGCAAUCGUCAGGCGACAGCUAUAUCGUCCAACGAGUGGAGAUAUCGUUGAUGACGAAGAGAACGAAAGAUACGAGGGACCAGAAUUAUCUUCUCUGCCGGUAGAUGCUCCACGCUUAUUCUGUAUCUUGGGAGACAUCGACGAGAGCCCAGCCAUGUAUGAGCGAGCGUGGGAAGCGUCAGGUCAACGGUAUGCGCGUGCACAGCGUUCACUAGCCAGACUACAUCUCAAAUCCGAACCGCCCGUUCUCGACAAGGCUGAAGAGGCAUACAAAAAGAGCUUGAAAAUCAACCCGCUCAACCACGGUGCCUGGUUCGCGCUUGGCUGCGUGCAGCUCAAUCAAGAACGAUGGGAUGACGCUGUCCAGUCAUUUACUCGUACCGUCCAGCUAGAGCAAGACGACGCGGAAGCAUGGAGCAACCUUGCUGCUGCUUUGCUGAACGUCUCUGCAGAUGGAAAGCCUGCUGCCAAGGCUGCCGAAGUGAUACCCUCUGAACCUGCAAAGACAGAAGACGAUGAAGACGAUGAAGACGAUGAAAUUGCCAAGCCAGAAAAGGCAGACCCUUACAAACACACGCGCGACGCCCUCACUGCUCUCCAGCAUGCUGCGCGACUCAAACAAACAGAUCACCGCAUCUGGGAUAAUAUCCUAACCGUAGCCGCCUCGCUUCCUCAUCCGUUCACACCAUAUAAAGACAUCGUCUUUGCCCAGCGCAAAGUGAUCGAACUUGUAUCUCCGAAGCGGGGUGAAAAGGCCAUCGAUCUGCUAAUUUUGGCUAUGUUGGUCGACUACCUCGUCAGCGGUCCCGAGUACGAAACUCUUCUCAUCCCAGUCGAAGGCACAGACGAGAAAAUACUGCGUAGCGGUACCGUCGCUGGCCAAAUUCUGACUCUGAUCGACGAACAAAUCAUCCCCCUCAUCACACACUCUGCGCCUCUUUGGUUUGUCGUUUCCAAAGUAGAGCUCUACCGCAAGCAACCCACCAAGGCCCUCGCCGCGCACGAAAAGGCGUGGCGUGCAACGGUGUCUUCCUGCACACAGCCCGCAUUUCAAAUGGGUGAUGAAAAGAAGUGGAUGGAGAUCGUCAAGGCCACGGAACGACUCGUCAGAGAUGGUUAUGCAAAGAUGGGUGGAAUGACAAAGGAAGGACAGGGCGAGGAUGGGGAGGAAUUAGUUGCUGGCGACUGGAGGUUCAAGAGUAGGAGUGCCGUCAGGGGCAUUUUGGGGAAUGGAAAGGAGUUUUUCGAAGGGACUGAUGGUUGGAUGAGGCUCAAAGAGUUGCAAGGAGAGGUGACGGGGUAG